AUGGUCGUUCAUGUUUCCCCAGCUCUGCUGUCUCAGGCCUCUAUCUUUGCCGCAGAGGGGAUGGCUGCUGAGCUGCUGACAGCCAGUUCUCAGGAGCCAGUAACAUUCAAGGAUGUGGCUGUGGACUUCACCCAGGAUGAAUGGGGGCUGCUGGAUCCUGCCCAGAAGGGCCUCUACAGGGAUGUGAUGCUAGAGAAUUACAGGAACCUGGUUUCACUGGGGCUGCUGCAAGCCCAGCCUGAUAUGGUUUCUCACCUGGAACGAGGGGACGAGCCAUGGAUGCUGGAGAAAGAAGACUGCAGAGGCACCCAUCCAGGCGCAGUUGCUUACACGCCUGAAGGUGAGCUCCUAGUGAGAGCCUGCGAGUGUGGCCCACGGCGUGCAAGUGUGCGCGUGCGCAAGGGAUGGGGCGUGUUCCCUUCCCUGGGAAGCCCUUCCCAAGGCGGCGGCAACUUUGUUCCCAGUUUGGGGCGCUUUUCCCCACUGUUUAAGAGGCGGCUUCAUCUCCAUAGUCGUGACUCUCCCAGCUGCCACUGCGGUGGCUCCGGCUGCUCUCUGGGCGGCACUUCGCGCUCGUCUUCCCACGGUUCUUCGUCCUCCCGUCCCCGCGGCAGUCAUUCCCGGCACGUUCCUGUGCUCGCUGUUUGGGGGAGGUGGACCCUGGACAAGUUGGACUGUUUGAUAUUUCAGGAGCCACUGACAUUCAAGGAUGUGGCCGUGACCUUCACCCAGGAUGAAUGGGGGCUGCUGGACCCUGGCCAGAGAGACCACUACAGGGAGGUGAUGCUGGAGAAUUACAGGAACAUGGGCUCCCUGGGGCUUAUCGUCGUCAAACCUAAAGUGAUCUCCCACCUGGAACGAUGGGGGGUGCCGUUUAAGCCGAAGAGAGGAGGCCUCAGCUCAGGUCUGUCAGAAAUGAAGACAGUGUCCGGAGAGUGGGACAGUUUUGAAGAAAGUUCACAUCAGGGAGCAGUUACAAAGAAUAUUUCCUUGAAUUCCAAGUUGGAAGAAUCCUGGGAAUGUGAGGGCAAGUUUGAGAAGAAGCAGAGAUCUAAGGAAGGAAAUUUGAGGCAACUGACAAUCGCACACGAGAAAGUUGCCACUGGGGAGAGAGUCUUUGAAUGUAGUAGUUUCGAGGGGAACUUUGUGACACAGCAGAGAAUUCCUGUAGAUGAGAGACCUCAUAACUGUGAUAAACAUGGCAAUAGCUUCAAAGAGAAUUCAGACCAAACUAAGCCUCAGAAAAUUCAUACUGGAGAGAAGUCCUUUGAAUGUAAUCAGUGUGGGAAGGCCUUCAGCCAAAGCACGUGCCUUACCCAACAUCAGAGAAUUCAUACUGGGGAAAAACCCUAUGAAUGUGCUGAUUGUGGAAAGGCCUUUAGCCAGUGUUCAUCUCUUCAUUCCCACAAGAGAACACAUACUGGAGAAAAGCCCUAUAAAUGCAGCGAAUGUGGGAAGGCCUUCAGUUACCAUGCAUCCCUCACUCAACAUAUGCUAACUCAUACUGGAGAGAAACCCUAUGAAUGCACUGAAUGUGGGAAAGCUUUUAGUCGGAGCACAUAUAUUAUUGAACAUCAGAGAAUUCAUACUGGAGAGAAACCCUAUGAAUGUACUGACUGUGGGAAAACCUUCAGGUACUGCUCAUCUCUUACUCAACAUCAAAGAAUUCAUACUGGAGCAAAACCUUACAAAUGCUUCGAAUGUGGGAAAACCUUCAGAUACUACUCAGUCCUAACUCAGCAUCAGAAAACUCAUACUGGAGAGAAACCCUAUGAGUGUGGCGAAUGUGGAAAAGCCUUCAGACAGAGCUCAGCUCUUUAUUCCCAUCAGAGAAUUCAUACAAGAGAAAAACCCUAUUUAUGUAGUGAAUGUGGGAAAGCCUUUAGCCAGAAUUCAACCCUUACCCGCCAUCAGCAGACACACACUGGAGAAAAACCCUAUGAAUGCAGCGAAUGUGGGAAAACCUUCCGACAGAACUCAGCUCUUUUUUCCCAUCAGAAGACACAUCUGAGAAGCACUUACUCUUCAGUCAUGAAGUUAUAG